CCAGCCACCCCAUAGCCAUCUCCCAGCUGAGGCCUGAUCGUGACAGCUGACAGCAAGACCGCGGUGUGACAGUCGCAGACCCGGGAGGAGCCAUGGACACGGCAAUGUGCGUGUGCUCCCCGUGCUGCACGUGGCAGAGGUGCUGUCCACAGCUGUGCUCCUGCCUGUGCUGUAAGUUCAUCUUUACCUCCGAGCGCAACUGCACCUGCUUCCCCUGCCCCUACAAGGACGAGCGCAACUGCCAGUGCUGCCACUGCACCUGCUCAGAGAACCCCAAUUGCCACUGGUGCUGCUGUUCCUGGGCCAAUGACCCCAACUGCAAGUGCUGCUGCACUGCCAGCAGCAACCUCCAGUGCUACUACUACGAGAGCCGCUGCUGCCGCAAUGCCACCAUCUCCUUCCACAAAGGUCGCCUCAAGAGCAUCCGCACGUCUUCCAAGACAAUGUUGCGCAUCGGGGGCAGCAGCGACACGCAGCUGGACGACCCCAAGUCCAUGGCGUCGGGCGGGCAGCUGCUGGAGCACCUGUCAUGCCCUCUGUGCCACCGCCUGCGCCUGCACUCCUUCAUGCUGCCGUGCCACCACAGCCUGUGCGAGAAGUGCCUGCGGCGGCUGCAGAAACAAGCAGAGGUAACAGAGAACUUCUUCAUCCUGGUGUGCCCGGUGUGCGACCGCGCACACUGCAUGCCCUAUAGCAACAAGAUGCACCUGCCCGAGAACUACCUGCGUGGCAGGCUGGCCCGGCGCUACAUGCAGCAGCACGGCUACCUCAAGUGGCGCUUCGACCGCUCAUCGGGGCCCACGCUGUGCCAGGUGUGCCGCGGGCGCCGCCUGGCCUACAAGCGCUGCAUCACCUGCCGCCUCAACCUGUGCAACGACUGCCUCAAGACCUUCCACUCGGACGUGGCCAUGCAGGACCACGUGUUCGUGGACACCAGCCCCGAGGACCAGGACGAGAAGAUCUGCAUCCACCACCCGUCCAGCCGCAUCGUGGAGUACUGCCGCAGCGACGACGAGCUGCUCUGCACCUUCUGCAAGGCCUCGCUGCACAGCGGCCACGACACAGUCAGCCUGCUAGACGCCUGCUCCGAGCGCUCUGCCGCGCUCUUCAGCGCCAUUGCCAAGUUCAAAGCAGUCAGAUAUGAGAUCGACAAUGACCUCAUGGAGUUCAACAUUCUCCGGAGCAGCUUCAAAGCUGACAAGGAGGCCAAGCGCAAGGAGAUCCGCACAGGCUUCCUGAAGCUUCGCAGCAUCCUGCAGGAGAAGGAGAAGACCAUCAUGGAGCAGAUUGAGAACCUGGAGGUGUCGCGGCAGAAGGAGAUCGAGAAGUAUGUGCGCAUCACCACCCUGAAGGUCAACGAGAUGGAUGGGCUGAUUGCCUACUCCAAGGAGGCCCUGAAGGAGACGGGCCAGGUGGCCUUCCUGCAGUCGGCCAAGAUCCUGGUGAGCCAGAUCGAGGAGGGCAUCCAGAGCACCUACCGGCCCGACCCCCAGCUGCGCAUGCACGCCUGGCACUGCAUGCCCCUGGACUUCAGCGAGCUCUCCAGCGCCAUCCACGGGCUCUUUCCCAUGGGCCCCAAGAAGGUCAGCUCGUCUGGGGAUUCCCUGCCCUCACCCUACCCGAUGCACUCGGAGAUGAUGAUUAGGAAAGUCACCUUCAGCACCCACAGCUUCGGCAACCAGCAGAUAUACCAGCGCAGCUCCUCCCUGCUGUCCUUCACCGCUGGCGAGAAGGCCAAGGCUGGGCUGGAGGCGGGCGGGCGUGCACAGUCCACCGCCCUGGCCAAGCCCUCCGAGGGCCUGUAUACCUACUGGAGCGCCACGGCUGAGAACCAGUCUGUGCAGGGCGGCGGCAGCUUCCACAACUGGUACUCUUUCAAUGAGGGCACUGUGAGGACCCCGGGCCCCAUCAUCAUCUACCAGACUCUGGUCUACCCCAGGGCUGCCAAGCUCUACUGGACCUGCCCCACUGAAGAUGUGGACUCUUUUGAGAUGGAGUUCUAUGAACUCGUCACCUCUCCUCCCAACAACGUUCGCACUGAGCUCUGUGGCCAGAUCCGGGACAUCAUGCAGCAGAGCCUGGAGCUUCACAACCUCACGCCCAACACAGAGUACUUGUUCAAAGUCAGAGCCAUCAACGAUAACGGGCCUGGGCAGUGGAGCGACGUCUGCAAGGUGGUUACACCAGAUGGGCGCGGGAAGAACCGAGCCAAGUGGGGUCUGCUGAAGAACAUCCAGACCGCCCUGCAGAAGCGCUUCUAAGCCCCCAUCCAGGAGGCAGGGGCCUUCACACACACCACGGAGUAAGCAGACACAGGACACAAACAGGCAGAUGUAUUUUUCUCACCACUUCCUGGGUCCUCUGACUUCUUCUGGUAGGAGUCUUCUAAAGUCAAUAAAAGGAGAUGUCUGAUGCCACA